GCUGUGAGCCUGAGAUGGGCUGUGACUCCAGAGGGGACCGGGUUUUUGUUUAGUUCCAGUGUGUGAGGUGCGCAGGGGCCCCUGAAGAGCCCAGAGAAGAACCCGGUCCCGGAUCCUGCAGAUCGGUGGUAAUGUUAGCGGUGGGUCAGAUGGACGGGUCCCGACAGAGCGCCUUCCUCCUCAGCACCCCCCCUUUGGCAGCUCUGCACAGCAUGACCGAGAUGAAGACCCCGCUGUACCCGGCCUACCCGCUCUCCUCCACCGGCCCCAACUCCUCUACCUCACCGGCCACCACGUCCCCCAACCCGGGCGGCAUGGCGGUGUCCUCCCCCGGGAUCAAGAGCUCCUCCACGGGGCUGUCCUCGGGGCUCGGUUCCCCGCAGCAGUGCUCCUCCGCCACCCCCCACGGAAUAAACGACAUCCUCAGCCGGCCCAGUGCGACCAUCGCCGGGGCCACGGUGGCCGCCGCCUCCGCCUCCUCCGCGGCGGGCAUCCUGUCGGGGCUGCCCCGCUUCAGCAGCCUCAGCCCGCCGCCGCCUCCCGGACUUUACUUCAGCCCCAGCGCCGCGGCGGUGGCCGUGGCCCGGUACCCGAAGCCCCUGGCGGAUCUCCCGGGCCGGACGCCGAUCUUCUGGCCGGGAGUCAUGCAGAGUCCCCACUGGAGGGACGCGAGGUUCGCGUGUUCGCCCCACCAGAACUCGGUGCUCCUGGACAAGGACGGGAAGAGGAAACACACCCGACCCACGUUUUCUGGGCAGCAGAUCUUCGCGCUGGAAAAGACUUUUGAACAAACUAAAUACCUGGCGGGGCCCGAGAGAGCGCGGCUGGCCUACUCUCUGGGGAUGACCGAGAGCCAAGUCAAGGUCUGGUUCCAGAACCGGAGGACUAAGUGGAGGAAAAAGCACGCGGCGGAGAUGGCGACGGCCAAGAAGAAGCAGGACUCAGAGACCGAGAGACUGAAGGGGACCUCGGACAACGAGGACGAGGACGACGACUACAACAAACCGCUGGACCCGAACUCGGACGACGAGAAGAUCACACAGCUGCUGAACAAACACAAACCGGGAUCGGGUCUGCUGCUGCACACGUCGGAGAACGACAGCUCCUAAUACCCGACCCGGACCCCGGACCCCGGACCCGCUCCUGGUACCCGCUCCUGGACCAGAACUCUCCCGGGCACAGGCGGCCUUUUUCCCGCCACUCCGAUUGUAAAUAAGCCGUGAGUCGUUAAAGGUCCGCUGUGAAUAAUGGAUGUGCUCUUUGUACAGAUGAGCUGAGAACACUCUUUAUUUCCCUUUUCUAUCUCACUGUCACACACAGCAGGAGGACCCUGAACGCACCACACGCACCUGUACAGACACACAGA